UGUACGUCACAAGGAACUGGAAGUUUCUUUUGUUUAAGUAAAGGAAAAAGUUAUACACUGCGCAAUGCAUCCGUUGCUUCCUCGGCUAUUCAUCCUAUUUAUCUCACUCUCCCUACUAGGGACAGAAGACCCUGUUGUCCACCUUAAUGAAUGUGUAAAUGGCACUGCCAUAUUUCACCAUGGGUUUGAGCUGGGAGCUAAAACAUUGAAAUGCAGCGUUGAGAAGAUCGUCCAAGGAGAUGCCGUGGAAGUGGCGGAAUACAGGAACAAUGGUUUCAAUGUUAUGAACAACAGGGAACAGCAGCGGAUCCAGUUCUUUAACUUGACAGUAAUGAUCUGGAACCUGACAGUGGAAGACAGUGGACUGUACAACAUUUCUUGUUAUAUUGCAAACGCUCCGAAAAAGCAAAGAUCAUUUAAAAUCACUGUUUAUGAACCAGUGCAAAAACCAGUUAUCGAAAUAGACUGGAACUGUGCAUUUACCGACUGCAAUUACACUCUCCAUUGUCAUGAUUCAAGAAACUCAUCCUCUGCCCGCUGGAUUGUUCUCCAAGAUUCAAAGCCUGUUGAGAUUUUAAGCGACGCUACAAUCCGGACAUUGCUUAGUAACACUUCUGUAAGCACCGAGUACACGUGUGUGUUACAUAAUCUGGCCGAACAGAAAAAUGAUUCCAUUGGCUUCUGGCAACUCUGUUCUGUUUCAGGUUACAGUUAUACCCUCUGCUGGUGUUGGAUAAACUGGAAAACUGGGCUUUUUAUGACUGCGUUUAUAGGAAUCAUUUUUCUGAUUCUCGUCACACGCAAGAACAUAAAAGGGCUUGGUGUUUAUUAUGUGUUAAAGAAGCUCCGCGGAUAUUUACCAUUUCGGAGGAUUGGAUUCAAUUCUAGCCAAAAUGAAGCAGAAUACAGACCUGAUGAUGUGGAAAUGAAGGUUUUACCAACCAAGUGAAUAGAAGUAACUAAGGUGCCACUCUGUAGUUGGCCUUUCAAUGGCUGCUGCCUUUCUACAGAGAGGGAAUAAAGAGAAAUAUCUGCCAUUAAUCCAAUGUGAGCACACGUAGAA